AUGUGGAGACGUGCCAUGUUACAACGCCCCCUGAAUCAAAGCGUGGAGGGUCCUGCGUUCACAGCUAUCAGGGCCCGUCUGCAGCAGAGUAUCCCAGACGCGACGCAUCUGCAAUUAUACAACGAUUCCUUCAAGCACGCCGGUCACGGUGGGAACCUGGAUGCGCGGGACAGUAACGAGUCGCACAUCCGCGUGGAGGUCACUGCACAGCGAUUCUCCGGUAUGAAGACGUUGCAAAGACACAGGUUUAUCCUCCGCGAGAUCAAAGACGAGAUGGACAAGUACAAGAUUCACGCCAUACAGAUGGUGACCAAGACGCCAGAAGAGGCAGAACGGGCCACGUAA